AAGGUCUACAAGUAUAUGAAUACCAAGGAGGAGCUGAAGGACGUCGUGCCGAAACUGCUGUUCUCUGGGUUUUCCAGCGCCGAUCCUCCCUCGUCGGUCAGGAGCAAGAAGCAGGUCGUGUGCCGGAUGCUGGUGACAACCUGCCAUGGGCGUCCGCGGAUGACUCGCUGGUCCGAAGAAGCGCAGGCGGCCGUCAAGGCUGCUUACGAGAAGCUCUGGGCGGCGGGGGUCCUGCACAAGGCCGUCGCGGACCGCAAUAUCUUGUUCAAGGACAACGUCGGAAGCGAUGAGGACGUGGAGGUGAACAAUGUCCGGCUGUGCGACUUCGAAGAUGCACUGCUCAAGCAUGACUUGAAGCCCGAGAAGUGGGCGAACGCCUUGGAGGAGGAGAGGAAGGCUCUCGAGAGCCUUUGUGAGAGGAUGGGUAAGGCCCCACUGCCGGAGAAGAAGAAGAAACUCUUCUGGACGGCGGAGGACAUACGGAAUGCCAAAGCUGAAGGGCGCAACCCAUUCGAGUGAUCGUGGCCGCCGG